GAUCUGUGAUCGUUGUUUAUUAUGCCGUUUGCGGGAUUUCUCUAGUUUCGUUUUUUGGUUUGGUGCAAAUAUUUAUAUCUAGCGAAUGUGAUAAAACUUCUGUUCGUAAUGUCUUCGGAAAUUGAACACAUGGACUGUAGCCAAGAUGAUUUCUAUAAAAAUGCUCAAGAAUACUGGGCAGAAAUACCACCAACUGUUGAUGGAAUGUUAGGAGGAUUUUCUUCUAUAUCUGAGAAAGAUAUCAAAGGUUCUAAACUUCUUCUCAGACAGUUAUUUCGACUGAAUAAACCUCCAGGCAAUAAAUAUGCCCUAGACUGUGGUGCUGGAAUUGGUCGAGUAACCAAGCAUUUACUGAUAGAUUUAUUUGAAAAUGUUGACCUAGUGGAACAGAACAGUAAUUUCAUAGCUAAAGCUAAAGCUUACAUUGGAACUGAAGGAACAGGAAGAUUAUGUAAUUUAUAUUCUACUGGUCUGCAAUCUUUCAAACCCGAUCCAGGAAAAUAUGAUGUUAUUUGGAUGCAGUGGGUUCUUGGUCACUUGACAGAUUCCGAUUUGGUUGAAUGUUUCAACAAUUGCAAGGCAGCAUUGAAACCAGAUGGAGUUAUAAUAGUGAAAGAAAAUAUAACAUCUAGUGGUACUAUAGAAAUGGAUAAAAAUGAUUCUUCUUUUACUAGGCCUAUAUCUUUACUAAAGAAGUUAUUUGAUGAAGCUGGUUUGAACUGUUUCAAACAACACAAACAGCAUGACUUUCCCAAAUGCCUAUACCCUGUUUACAUGUUUGUUCUAAGACCUAAAAGUGAAGGUUUGGAUAAAGACGAAACUGAGCCUCCAAACAAAGUCAUAAGAAAUAAUGAAGUUGAAGAACUUGUUUGCCUAACAUCCAAAAGUGGUUCUUCAGAAGUUGGAUCAAAAGAAAAUGGACAACCACAUGAAUCGGAGAACAACUGAAUCAGAAAAAGCCUCAACAUACUGUGAUCAUUGUUAGUCAGUUUUAAAAUGUGAUUUUUAAGAUUAAAUUCCAGUGUUUAUAAUAAAA